AUGGCCCUGCAGCUCAUGGACCAAGAGGCUGUAGCAGUGCGAAGCCGACAGCGAUCUGGUGACUUGGCUGAAGGCUUUCUGCACUUUGCAGGAAUUCCUGCUGGUCAAACUGUGACAAGGAAAGAUAAACAGAAACUGGAACUAACUAGUGAAAUGGGAAUAGAAAUGAGCAGUAGAGUGUGGUGCUAUGAGGAAAAGAAGGACACGCCAAGCAGACCUCUGAGAAGAGUGCGUGCCCAGUCUCCAGAUAGCAAGUUACCUUUUCGGUGGAAGCCACCUUAUGGAGCAGGCUUCAGAGGUCCACGCAGCAGAUCCCAAGGUUAUCCCCGUGGGUAUGGAGAGAGCAGCCGAAGGAUGAGCUAUGCUCCAGUGCCUCAAGAGCGACAAAACCAGGAAGCAAGAAGACUAGCCUCUGAGUCAGUUCAUGUGGUUUCGCUGCCAUCAAGGAGCUCCCAGGGACGGAGCCAACCUGUCUAUAGGUCAUCUUUAGCUAAAAGAAAAGUCACAGAGGAGGAAGAGGUGGAGGUGGCACACGACAUAACUGUUCGAGUUAUGUCCUCUCAGUCCGUGCUCGUUACUUGGACAGACCCACUGUAUGAAAAACAGAAGGUUGCAGCAAAUAGGCAAUAUAAUGUUCGCUAUCGGGAAAAGGGGGAAUCGGCAAGGUGGGAUUACAAGCAGGUGUCCAACCGGCGGGCACUGGUGGAAAAUUUAGUGCCAGACACUAUGUAUGAGUUUGCCAUUCAAAUCUUGGAGGGAGAAAAGGAAGGCAAAUGGAGUGUAUCUGUUUACCAGCGGACCCCGGAGGCAGCUCCUGCCAGUGCACCUGAAAAUUUGGAUGUUUGGCCACUAAAGGGGAAACCAACCUCUGUAGCAGCAUCCUGGGAUGCUCUCCCAGAGAGUGAAGGAAAAGUCAAAGAAUACAUUCUUUCAUACGCCCCGGCUCUCAAGCCGUUUGGAGCCAAGUCCAUCACCUACUCUGGAGCUACAACAUCAGCCAUAAUAGAUGGUCUUCAGGCCGGGGAGCGCUAUAUUUUCAAAAUUCGUGCAGCAAACAGGAGGGGACCGGGUCCUCAGUCUAAAGCCUUCAGUGUCGUCAUCCCAGCAGAUGCCCAUGAGGAUUCAGUUGUUCAGCAAAAGACGAAUAUGCAAGAUAAUUCAGAGGCUAAAAAAACUGAGAAUGCUGGCUCAUCUUCUCAAACUUCUUCUGUUUCGAAAGCCCGGCCAUCACCUUCUUCUAAGCAAUUGUCUGUUCAUUCACCUAAUGUUAGUGAUAAAAAGAAUCUUCCUUCUGAAUAUAAGAAUAAAAUCUUGACUCGAGGGGUCUUGAGUAAAUCUCAGUUACCUUCUAGAAAGACAGGAGAGCUGAAACCUGAUCUCCAGUCCACUGAGGUGACAGAUGAUCAUGAUUCCUCCCAAGAAGCUCCAACAUCACCACCAAAGGCCCAGGACCAGAGGAGGAAUGUUAGACCCUUGUCCCCUGGUCGUCCAGUCCACCCUGUCCUUACCUCUGUUCGAACCCAUGCAUCAGAGGUGUCGCGCCAGACAAGAACAGAGAAACGUGAGCCACCAGCAGUGUUACCAUCCUCAGCACAACAUUCUUCUGCCUCAUCUGUUCCCAAAUAUACAGAUAAUGAAACAAAGCAACUGAGGCAAAGCAACAAUAACAUGCCUUCUAAAACCUCUUCCCAUCCUCUGCCUGCCAAAAAUAAUGAUCUUGUGGGUAAUGUGGAAGAGAAGCCAGACCCCAUGCUGGUGAAAGCAUCUUCUAAAACUUCAGAGCCUAGUCGCCUGGCUUUGCCAUCAAGUCGGCAGUCUGCUGUCUCUCAUGAGACAGGUCAUCGCAGUAGGUCUGGCUCUCUAGGUCUGUCCAAAUCAGCAGGUUCCCAUGCUCGUGAUAGCCAUAAUGAGUUUGACAGUGAAGAAGCAGAAGACACAGCAGGACAGCCCAGUUCUAGAUCACAGAAAACAAGGCUAUCCUCAAGCUCCAGUUCUCACACGUGGAAGGAUUCAACAUUGGCUGCCAUGGCAGUCUCAUCUAGAUCUGCUGUUUCUGGUCACACUUCAUCUCAUUCUCAGUCCUCCACCCGUUCCAAAUCCAAUGGAAAAGAUGUUGAUAAGAAUCAUAGGGAGGACUCACAGGAUGAAAAUCCUUUAUUUCCUUCUCUACCCUCUUCCAGACAGUCUUCAGCAGUCUAUUCAAAGAGAAGAAAUCCUCAGGUCGAUUCUGAUUCUCACCUCAGAGAGACACAUGGUGAAAAAUCACCCCACUUUGACUCAGAAGAACAGCAAAGCCGAACAGCUGCUCCAGAAAAGCAUUCUCUUUUGCAAUCUUCUCUUUCCAAACAAAAGCCUGAAGAGCAGGACAGUCAAGAGGUAAAAGAAACACUUGUUCGAUCAAAACCAAGUGCGUCUUUGUCUAGAAAGAUAUUCCCCUCUCAUCUCCCAGUGGAGAAGACCUCCCACUCAGAGCCUUCACAGAGGGCACAAACCAGUUCUUCCUUACUGCAUUCAAGGGGCCGGCGCCUCCCGUCUCACAUCUAUUCCCAGAGUAAUGAAGAGUUGCAGGAAGAUGAUGAUGAGGAUGUAACAGAGGGCAGUGACAAAGCAAGCAGCCACUCUGUGUUUCCUAAAGAGGUGUCCUCUUCUAGGGGAUUACCUUCAUCUCUCUCUCAGGGAAGUUCAACUUCAUCUCAAUCAAAGCAGCCGCAGCCAGGUUCUCAGGUACCUUCUUACAAACCAAAGCACAUUCAGCCAGACUCCAGUUCUGCCAGUGAUACAGCAAAAGACAACCAGUAUAAUCCAAGGUUGUCAUCCACAUCGAGACAAGCUCGUCCUUCAUUACCUACUCGCUCAAGGGUUGCUAUGAGAACAGCGUCCCAAACAGAAAAAAAACAUGGUGUAUUGCCCUCAAAAAUGUCCAACACUGAACUUCCUCAAAAAGUUCCUUCAUCUUCUUCAUCUAAACCUCGUCAGUCAGUUUCUAAUGAAGAGAGUGAUUAUUACAGUGAAUAUGAUCAGAAAGAAGUAGAGGAGAAACCCACAUCUUUGGCAGCAAAAUGGUCCCCUGCUGUUUCUAGAGGUAACAAAAAUGCAUACGAUGACACUACUAGCAGUAAAAGAAAAUCUAUGGACACUCUUCUACCUCACAAAGUAAAUUCUGAAGAGGAAGAGGUGGAAAAAACUUCAACAUUAAAAGUGGCUUCUCCUGAAUCACCAGGAAGCUCUGCCAUAACAUCACAUAUUACUCAGUCUUCUAAAAAGCAUACCCCAUCUAAACCAAGCUUUGUCUGGCCACGUUCUCCUGUGUCUACCACCACACACACUGUUUCUCCAACAGUUUCUUCUUCCACUUUGUCUCCUCGUCAGCGAUUAUUGAACUCCAGGGUACGGAGCCCUUCCCAGCGGCAAUUUGUCAGACCUCCUUAUAGACCAGGUUACAAUGGCAGACCAAAUCUUACAACAAAAAAUGGAAAUGGAAAAAUAAACUCUGGUAAUAAUGGAAAACCAAGUGGACAGAAAGUAAUCAAUGGCCCUCAAGGAACAAAGUGGAUUGUAGACCUUGACCGAGGGCUAGUGUUAAAUGCUGAAGGAAAAUACCUCCAAGAUUCCCAAGGCAAUCCUCUCCGAGUGAAAUUAGGAGGAGAUGGACGUACGAUUGUUGAUGAAAAGGGUGCCCCAAUGGUGAGUCCUGAUGGAUUACCUUUGUUUGGACAUGGCAGAUUCAGUAAACCUGUAGCGAGUGCACAAGAUAAACCAAUAAUAAGCCUUGGAGGAAAGCCUCUGAUUGGUCUUGAAAUGGUUAAGAAAACAACCACUCCCUCAACUACUACUACAACAAUACCUACAACAACUACCACAACAACUACUACGACCACUACAACAACUGUUGCUACAACCACCACCACCACUCCUGAACCAACCACCACUGACCCACCCACUGAGAAACCAAUCCCAACCUGUCCUCCAGGCACCUAUGGACAGUAUGAUGAUGAAGGCAACUUGCUGUUGGGGUUCAAUGGCCUGCCAGAGUGCAAUGCAGAAGUAGAUACGUUCUCUGGACUGGAUUCGGAUACAACAGCAACUCCAGAGGCAUAUGUGAUAUAUGAUGAUGACUACGAGUUUUUUGAGAGCACUUUGCCGCCAACCACCACCACUGUAACCACCACCACUGCUUCUACAACAACAGAAUUGGAAGUUGUCUAUCCCGAGACUAGUGUUGUUGGCACUGGCCCUAUGUCAGAAUAUGAUAUCGCUGGAAAGAAACGGUUCACUGCUCCUUAUGUGACCUAUCUCAGUAAAGAUCCAGCAGCCCCCUGCUCCUUGACAGAGGCCCUGGAGCACUUCCAAGUGGACAGCCUUGAUGAAAUCAUCCCUAAUGACUUCAGAGAGAAAGAUCAACGUCCCCUGAAAGCCCCUCACAACAUCACUGUUGUGGCAGUUGAAGGUUGUCAUUCCUUUGUCAUUGUGGACUGGGCUAAACCUGCUCGAGGAGACAUGGUAACAGGCUAUCUGGUGUACAGUGCAUCCUAUGAUGACUUUUUAAAGAAUAAGUGGUCAACGAGGACUGCAGGGUCUACUCAUUUGCCAAUUGAGAACCUGAAGCCCAACACACGGUAUUAUUUUAAAGUCCAAGCAAAGAAUCCCUUUGGUUAUGGACCUGUUAGCUCUUCCGUCUCAUUUAUCACAGAAUCUGACAAUCCUCUCCUCAUUGUCAGACCACCUGGCGGUGAGCCUAUCUGGAUCCCAUUCACUUUUAAAUAUGAUCCCACCUACUCAGACUGCACUGGCAAGCAGUAUGUGAAACGAACGUGGUACCGCAAGUUUGUAGGAGUGGUUCUUUGCAACUCCUUAAGGUAUAAAAUUUACCUCAGUGAUGAUCUGAAAGACACCUUCUACAGCAUUGGAGAUAGCUGGGGAAGGGGCGAGGACCACUGCCAAUUUGUGGAUUCACACCUGGAUGGAAGAACAGGACCUCAGUCAUACAUUGAAGCCCUGCCCACCAUCCGAGGGUACUACCGCCAGUACCGCCAGGAACCUGUAUCAUUUGGACGCAUUGGAUACACAACACCCUACUACUACGUGGGCUGGUAUGAGUGUGGCGUGCCCAUCCCAGGAAAAUGGUAGUAGUCUGUUUUCCUGUCUUAGGCAGACCAUGCUUUUCGAAUUAUUUCUGCCAGAGGACUGUGAGCAACUGAUUUGGAAAAGAAAAAUAGUAAAAUAACAAAAGGUAAAUGAGGCAAACCAGUGAAAAGCAGAUGCUCAAGAAACCCUCGUGAAGCCAAACAUGGACAUCCUUUACCAGCCUGUAUCUGUGGUGCUGCUUGAUUUCUGCUUGGAAGCAGGGAUAGGAUUUAAGUUUGGUGUCCUACCUUCCUCCUAUGUGUCUUUAAGGCACAGAGAGGAGUUUGCAAUGUGUGCAGCCUGUGAAAACCAGAACUGUAUUAGCCAUGAAAAUUUGAAAGUUUCUUAUAUCUUACAGGAACGACUUAAGCAUGCUGUGCUUGCUUAAUGGGAUGCUAAACUGUCCUUUUCUCCAUGGGGCUCCCCUAUGCAAUCAUGCCAUGUAACUGGCCACCCACCAAAGGCAAUAUAUUCUCCUGAAGACUUACCCGGUGGGUUUACCCACUGCUGGACUAAUCACCAGGUCACAGUGUAAAUUCACUGUGAGAUAUAUGUGUAUCUAUAUCUAUAUAAAUACAGUACUGUACAUUUGCAGAAGUACUGUUUAGAGAUCCUGAGAUUUUCUUGUUCACUAGAUAAAUAUGUUUGGAAUUUUUAUGUAAAAGGUGCUGUUAAUUCUUUGAGAUAUUGCUAUGCACAAUAUAUUAACCAAGGAAAGAACUCUGUUCUUCUUGUGAGUACUGUUGAUGUUAACGUUUGAAUUACUGAUCAAAGACCUGUGUCAAACUUCCUUGGCAGCCUUUGGACUGGACAAUCAAUGGGAAUCUACCCCUCUAUCCAUGUUAGAGUGGCACUGUUAGUCCCGCAAAAACACAUACACAGCAGUUUAUCAGCAUCAGUUAAACUUUCUAUCAGUUAAACUUUGCUAUUUAAAAGUUGUAGUGCAACUUUUCUUCAAUCCAUUCUCAUCUUAGUUUGUAUGUUAUUUAUUCCUUGUCAGUAUCUUUCACGUUACUGUGCAGAGGCAUAGGAUGAGUAAGUUGCAAAUUAGAAACUGCUUUUAACUUAUUUGCCCUCCAGAAAGAAACCCAAGUCACCCGUACAGGAGUCAACUAGCAGGAAGCUCAUUGGACUAUGAUCCACCCUAGGGACAAUUGGGAUACACUUCCUUUAGAAUACUACUGAAAUCUUUUCCAACCAAACCAGAAAGCAAAAACUGACAUGAAUAAAAGGUAUAGCUGGGGGGCUGAUCCAUUCUCUGGUUCAUCUCUCACUCUUAUUCCAGCUUAGAUGUAGUGUAGUUCUAACACCUUUUGAGUUUCUUCCUGUAGUUAUUUUAAAUUGUAUGGGAACAAAAAAGGGACUAAAGUGAUUAAAAUAGCAUUUUCUUUCUCAUGGUGAUUUGGGUUUUAACAUUUUAAUUAUUCUCACACUUUUUCUUCAGUACAGUGCAAAAUAUAUGGUCUAGAAGUAUAACUUUUUUCCUUAAUAAACCUAUGAUACAUGGUUCCA